AUGGGGUCGUCACCUGCGAUGGAGUCGCUCCUGAGGCGAGUAGACACCAACAACAUCGUGGACACGAGGCAAAUGUCUUCAGGGGAGCGCUUCCUCGUUGCCUGCUUCCUCGGCGCCGCGAUAUGGAACGCAGUGGGGAUGUUUCCCAUGAUUUUCCUGACGUUCAAGAGGCUGUGGACGCUCUACUUUUGGGCGAUGAUAUUAUCAACCAUCGGCAUCCUCAUCUGCUCGGCUUCACAGAUCAUCAGCGUCGCAACACCUCAGGUGAAUACGAUGAUCAAUGGCGUCAUGAGCUGUGUUGGAUGGGUUUUCAUGGUCUCGGGACAGUCAGUGGUACUGUACUCGCGCCUCCAUCUCCUGGCCAUUACCCCGAGGGUGCUACGUCUGGUCUUGUGGAUGAUCAUUAUCAACGGCGUAACCAUCCACGUCACCGGGACCGUCCUCACCGUCGGGACUCGUUUGAAGGGCCCAGACGUAUUCGAGAGAAUCAAUAUCACAGUGUUCUUUGCACAAGAGACCGUGAUAUCCGGACUGUACAUGUGGAAGUCUCGCGACUUGCUAGGCCGGUACUCAAAGCCCAGGGCUGCUGAAGAACCCAGCAUCCGGCAGUACGCGAGUCCCAGGGUCAGCACGUCGCUGCGAGUUGUGAAGAGCAUUCUCACACAAUUAAUCAUUGUGAACAUUAUCAUUUUGUUUCUGGACAUCACGAUAGUGGUACUUGAGCACGCUGGGUUGUAUUUGAUCCAGCUGGGGUACAAGAUUUUCGUAUACAGUGUAAAGCUGCGCAUCACCGACGCGUCACCGCCGUCGCGGUACCACGCGGUUGACACAAGAGCAGAAUGUGAAAUCACCAUCCUGAAUCGGCUCCUCGACUUUGCGAACCGCUCGAGAAGACUAAACACCGAAUUCCAACUUGUGACGGACCUGCAGAGGGAAUGGGACUCGACGCUGGAACGAGCCUUUGGCACACAGACGAGCGCAGACAUCGGGACGGGCAGCACCUCUACCCGUAACAAUCAAUACACUAAUACCAGGGAGUCAUCGGGCUCCCGCGUCAGUCAGGAGAAAUGGCUCGAGCGGCAGGAGAGCAACAUCACUGAGACAUGA